AUGAGCUGCCUAAGGCUUCCGGCGGAGCUUCUCCGCGCCUCUGUAGGGAGGCUCAGCCCAGCAGCAGCAGCAGCAGCAGCAGCAGCAGCAACAGCAGCAAAAGCUGCGAGCACUUCUUCUUGCCGACUGCUGUCCUCUGCAGCAGCAGGAGCUGCUGCCGCAGAAGCAGCACCAGCAGCGGCGGCGGUGCCAGCAGCAGCAGCAGCAGCAGCAGCAGCAGCAACAGCAGCAGCAGCGGACCCACGAAAGCCAGGCAGCCACAGAGGGGGCCCCCCACCGGGGGGGCCCCUGCAGCAAAUGGAAGGCCGAUUUAUGGCUGCAAACAAGCCGUGGCAAAAGGGGCAGCAGCAAGUGGAGCAGCAGCAGCUGCAGCAGCAGCAGCAGCUGCAGCACUGGCGUCACCAGCAGCAGCACUGGCAGCAGCAGCAGCAGCAGCAACAGCAGCUGCAGCAGCUGCAGCAGCAGCAGCAGGGCCGUCGCGCGUAUCUGCCUGCAGACGACCCGUGGUACAGUGCGCCUUCGAGCCCGCUGCCCCCUCCGCCCCCGCAGCAGCAGCAGCAGCAGCAGCAACUGCAGCAGCAGCAGCACUGGCGACCUGCAGCAGCAGCAGCAGCAGCAGCAGCAGCAGCAGCAGCAGCAGCAGAAAACAACCCAGGGGGCGCCGGCGCUGGCCUGCGGCCUAUCGACUGGAGCCGCCGCUCUUUGCCUCCAAUCUACCCAGUGUCAGCUGCAGCCCCAGCAGCAGCAGCAGCAGCGGCAGCAGCAGCAGCAGCAGCAGCAGCAGAGGGGCCCCGCUGCGCGGACCCGUCCGCAGCAGCAGCAGCAGCAGCAGCAGCAGCAGACCUUGCUGCGCUUGGGGUGAAGCUGGAGGGGCAGCCUCCGCUGCCGCGGCUGCUGUCUUCCUUCUCCGACCCCGCGCUGCCGCUGCUGCUGCAGCAGGCGCUGCUGCUGCUGCAGCUAACUAAGCCUUCGCCGGUGCAGCAAAUUGGCUGGCCUUGCUGCUUCUCGGGAAGAGAUUUAAUAGCCAUUGCGCAGACAGGCAGCGGCAAAACUCUGGGGUUCUUGCUGCCUGCCCUGAUGCACGUUGUGCAGCAGCAGCAGCAGCAGCAGCAGCAGCAGCAGCUGCAGCAGCAGCAGCAGCAGCCCACGGUGCUCGUGCUGGGGCCCACGAGGGAGCUGGUGGUGCAGAUACACUCCGAGUGCCAGCGCCUCCUGCGCGCAGCCGCAGCAGCAGCAGCAGCAGCCGAGAAAACUGCAGCAGCAGCAGCAGCAGCAGCAGCAGCAGAUCCAGCAGCAGCAGCAGCAGAAAAAGCGCUGCUGCAGCUCCGCAGCGUCUGCGUCUAUGGAGGGGCCCCGCGGCAGCAGCAAAUAAUUAAUUUGAGAAAAGGCGCUGAAGUUGUUGUUGCCACUCCUGGCAGACUGCUGGACCUGCUUGAUGCUGCUGCUGUGGAUUUAAGUGGAGUGUCUUUUGUUGUUCUCGACGAAGCAGACAGAAUGAUGGACAUGGGCUUCGAGCCCCAGGUGCAGGGCCUGGCUGGGGACUUUUGCGUCAAAGAUGUCAUUAAAGUUCAAAUUGGAGAUGGCGAGCUGCAGGCCAACCCUGACAUACAGCAGCUGGUGGAGGUGCUGCCGUCUCGGGAGCUGCACCGGCGCUGCCUCGAAUUGCUGCAGCAGCACCAGCAGCAGCAGCAGCAGCAGGAGCAGCAGCAGCAGCAGGUAGGCAAAGCUCUUGUCUUCUGCGAAACCAAAAGAGAAGCAGAACAAAUAGCCAGAGAACUCAAGUACGCGGGCAUUAAAGCAGCAGCGCUGCACGGGGACAAAAGCCAGCGAGAAAGGGACAGGCUGGUGGGGGACUUCCGCAAGGGCCUCUGCAGGGCCCUCGUGGCCACCGACGUGGCCGCGAGGGGCCUCGACGUCCGCGACGUCCAACUCGUCCUCAACUGCGGAAUGCCCAGAGACAUCCACUCCUACAUACACAGAAUCGGUCAGCUAGCCAGCUAG